AUGAAUAGUAUUAUAUUGAUUCUAUCUGAUAGAGAUUUCUAUAAUAUAACCUAGGCAACUCUUACUCCAAGGUUGCAGGAGGCAUGUCGAAGGGAAGGCAUCCAUCCGAAUGAGUUGUUUAGGAAGACAAGAGAAUAAGUGGUGCAAUUAAUCAAGCAACGUGAUACGGUUGGAGCAUAACUUACAGAUGAUAUGGUGACGGAGAUUGAGAAACAUUUGGAGGAUAAACGAAAGAGAAGAAUUAACAUUGUUAGAUCUUAAAGAUAAAGAAUACUUUAAGAAGACAAUAAUGUUAGUAGAAAUUCAAACCAUAUCUCCAAUUUAAAUCUAUCCACCAUGAGUUUUGCUGACAAACAACAAAAAAUGCUAGAAAAUAUAAAAAGAAGAUAGUAGAUGGAAAUUGAAAAAAUGGUCGAAUAGGAGUAACUUAAAGAGAGGAAGAGUCAAAUAGCACUUCAGAAAAUGUUGAAAUAGCAAGAGAAAGAAAAACAAUUCCAAGAUGAGUUAUAAAAGAAACGCUAUCAAAAUGAACAGUUACGAUAAAAAUAGGAAUUGGAGAGAAAAAAAAAGGAGUAGAAGGAAAAAGAAUUGUUGGACCAAAAAGCAAAAGAAAAUGAUUUGAAAGAAUAGAAACGUCGCCAAAAGGAAUUAGAAAGCAUGAUGAAACAAAAACAAGAAGCAGAAUAGAGAGAAUGGGAAAGAAGGAAAAAAUAAGAACUUAUGUAAAGGGAAAAUGAAUAAUUUCAAAAUGAACAAUAAAGACAAUUAGAAAUUAAAAAAUCAUAAUUAGAAUAAAAGGAGAGGAAGAGAAUCUAAAUAAUGGAGAGUAGAACUAUUGAAAGGAAGACUUAGGCUGAAAAAGAAAGAGCUGAAUUAGAAAAAAAAUUACAUAUGGUUAAAUAAUAUAAUGAGAAUCUACUUGAGAAGAAAAGAAAUGAUUAUACUCUCAAGGAAUAACAUGUAGAAUAAAAGAGAAGAGAAUUUGAAGAAUAUCUUGAAAAAGUCAGACAAGAGAAAGCCAGACAAGCAGAAGAGAAAUAAAAGUAAAUUAAUAAAAUAAUGGUAACAUAUCUUUAUUCUAUUAUUCACUAGUAAACUAAUCAAUAGAAAGAAGAAGAGAAAAGAUAAUAAUACGAACAUAAAUAAUAGGAAUAUUAAAAGAAAAAGGAGGUUAUGAAUGAGCAACAAAGACAACAAAUGGAAGAUAAAAUGAAAAAGUAUAGGGAUAAAGAAUAAAAAAUAUAAAUGAUUCUAUAAAAAAAUGAAAUGAUGUAGGAAUAAUAAAAAUAAGAGCUUUAAAAGAAAUUAGAUAGAACUUAAUAAAAAUUAUAGGUACUUGAACAAAAAAAGGAUGAGGAUUAAAAAUAGAGAAUAACCAUUUAAAUAAUCAAAGAUAUUGAUAAAUUUGAUAACUUAACAAGAAUGGAAUAAUUAAGUGAGUUAAGGAGAACUAAACUUGAAAUGAAGCUUUCUAAAGAUGAUGAAAGAACUGAAAUGGUGAGAAGGGAAAGAGAGAAUUUAGCAAAAUAAGCUGAAAUCAUAAGAAAGGAAGCAGAAGAGAAAAGGCAAUAAUUUAUCUAAGAAUUUGAGAAAAAGAAGAAGUUGUAGGUAAUUACGCAGGAGGGUUAAAGAGAUAAACAGGUUUCCGUGAAUAAUAGAUCCUAAUCAUCAGGAAUUAAUAUGAGAUAAUAAUAAUGAAAAUCUUCUUGAAACAAAAUUUUGAGUAUA